AUUGAAGGCUAAUGAGUAGAGGGAAGAGGUAGGGUCGGCAUGGCGGCUGGUUGCUGUGGGGCUAAGAAGCAAAAGUUUAACCAUCAUACAGGUCCUUGUUGCAAUGGAAACUUUUUUCACACAAAUCCGUAUCAACCAUCUCUCUAUCGAAAUGGAAUGGUUAUUUGUAUGGAAAUGUGCUUUUUCUGUUUCGAUGUUUUGUAUUGUCACUUGAACCAGUUUGAAACUCCUAAAACUCCUAAUUUCCCCAACGACAGCUACCCUCUUUUUGUUACCUGGAAGAUAGGAAAAGACAGGAGAUUGAGAGGAUGUAUUGGGACCUUCAACUCCAUGAAUCUACACUCUGGACUCAGGGAAUAUGCAGUGACAAGUGCUUUAAAGGACAGUCGUUUCAGCCCCAUCAGUCGGGAUGAGUUUAACAAGCUUCAUGUCUCUGUCUCAAUUCUCCGACACUUUGAAGAUGGACAGGAUUAUUUAGACUGGGAGAUUGGAAUUCAUGGUAUUCGUAUUGAGUUUACUUCAGACAAAGGCUCCAAACGAACAGCUACAUAUCUUCCUGAGGUAGCUCCUGAACAGGGUUGGGAUCGAAUCCAAACAAUUGACUCCCUACUAAGAAAAGGAGGCUAUAAAGGAAUUAUCACCAAUGAAGUGCGUCGUUCUGUCAGACUAACUCGCUAUCAAAGUGAGAAACUUACUGUAAGUUACACUGAAUAUAAAGAGUACUGGAGAAGCCGGCGCUGCUAACGGUUUCUUCACGCUAGCAUCUUUUAUGGGCUAGCGUGAAACUAGCAAUGCACUUCUUCAUCUGACGCCUAAGCCUUGUGAAAAUGAGCACUUUCAAACAUACAAUAAAAAUAAUAUCCCAGUGCCUCUUCCAUAAAAACUUCUUUUUUUUUAUAUUUGUAUUCAUGGUACUCUUUAGAUAAUUCAGCUGAAACUUGGGUAUAUUUUGCAGACUAACUAGUUAUCAGUUUUAGUAAACUGUUCAUAAUAUGAAAACUUUUUUUUUCUCUCUUUAAUUUAUAAUAAAUUAGUUUUAGAAUGAAAUAAUUAAUUAUAUACUUUAGUAAAAAGUAAUUCACCAGGUUUUUAGAGCUUGCAAAUUUUUAGUUUUUAGCUAAAUUUUACGUGAAUGAACUUAAUAUAUCCAUGAUUUUAUUUAUGAUGUAUCUCAACUUGGUUUUUACACUUAAUGCUUAAAUCUACUUUAUAUGGUAUUUCACAUCGCUUUAAGUACAGUGAAUAAGUGAUAACAUUUUUGCACUUUUGGUGAUUUUUUUGGAAAAAGAUAAGUUUAUAUGCUUUCUGAUGACUGUGAUAGAGGGUAAAGUUAUUUUACUUUUAUACAGUUAUGAUGCAUAUAACAAAAAAACAAAUUUCACACUUGUGUUGUAAUAUCAUUCUGGUUUACAAUACGAGCCAUAACAUUAAAAUUAUAGUGUUUUUGUUUUGUUUGUAUUUUCAGUUAUUUUACUUAACAUGUUUUAAAAAGCAAAGCGCAUUGUGAAAUGAAUGUUUUCUAAAAGUUUAAUUUUUAGAAUAAAGAAGCCUUUAUUUUAAUUAAUAAAAUCCUGGAAAAGUAAAGCUCUAGUUAAAUCAUAAGGCAGAUGUAUAAAAAAAUAUGUUAUAUAUUUUGAAGAUGGAGUCCAUUGAGCCUUGUUUUCUCUUCAUGUUAUAAACUUUUAAGAAUGGAAUAAACUUGGUCUUUAUUUAUUGAUUGAUUUAUUCAGUCAACCUUCUUUAAUAUGGUUAUUUCAGUUAUUAAACAAACUUGUGUAAUUUGUCUUGCAUUAAUUACAGCUGUGUGUGAGACUUUCAAAUGUUAUAGGUCAGUUUUUUAAUAAAUGUUUAAAUUAAUAUUUACUCAAAAACAAACUGAUAUCUUGACAUUCAAGACUUUAAGUUUCCCAUUGACUAAGUUGUGUGUAUUUUAAACUGAAUGAUAUUAUGAAAUCAUUAUAAUGUUUUUCUGAGUAAAGCUUUUCAAAGAUUCAAGUAUACCUGUUGAUAAAAAAUGAAAAGUUGGUUGAUUGUAAACAAAUGAUGAAUGAGAAAAAAGAAAAUUUCACAUUCUCUUUAAAAAAAAAGUGAAAUAUCAACAUUAAAACCAACAGUGUAUUCUAUUCAUUAUGGUGAUGUUCAGUAUUGUUGUACUUAAUUUUUUUGUAGCUCAUUGAUAUUUAGUGAUCUCAUUUUAUGAAAAAGUUCGUAAUAAUGUAUAAUUCUAUAGUAUGCUGUUAGUGGUCAUUUCCAAGGCUAUAGGUAUGUCUUGUCCACACAUCUUCCAUCGUCACCUAAGAAAACCGAGCCACCAGUCUUUCACAUUCUGACAUCAUAAAAGUCCUAGCUUUGACAUGCUUUUAUAACCAUGGGCAUUUUCAGGCUGGACAUUAAGGGGCCAUUUAAAAACUUGCAGUUAUUAAAUAAAAGAGGAAGGAGAUAGGUUGGUCCUGUGUGACAUUAUCUAUGUGGUGGAGUUGUUAGGUCAUGGCUUGGAUGGUGUAACAUCAAAAUUUUGCAAGAUUCCUCAAAUAUGGAGGUUUUAAUUAAGCAACAUUUUUCUAGAGUUUAGUAUACAAUGGACUGUCGUUAAUGUUAUUGGUAACUGUGUGUUCUUUAGGAGACUAUAACCUUUUCUACUUCAGCUAGAUAAGUGCAGGAGGUUUUGUUUUAUCUGUUUUUGCCAGUGUUUGACUGCAGGUCAAAAGGAAUUAAGAGUUAGACACUGAUAUUCAAAUGUGACACUAAAUUUUUUUAUAUAUUGUGUUAGCCGUCAGAAAGGUAAUAAAAUGCAAUAAACCUAGUUAGAUUAAAAAUAUACAGAUCCAGCAUGGCAUGUGCUUCUAUAUGAGGUAUUGAGAAGCUGUACAAGUACAUUGUUAUUUGAGCUAUGUAAUUGAUAAUGAUGUUAUAGUGUAAUAGUAAACAUCUGUGUAGUACCUGCACAAUAUGAAGCUGAAUGUUGUAUGAAUUACUAGAGCAACCUAAAAUUUAUAAUGGACAGAUGAACUGAAAAGCUUCAAUCGUAUACUUAUAAGCUUAUGCUGGUAUACAAGUUUGUUUGUAUUUUUAUAUAAUGUGAACAACUUGUAUGCCUUGGGUAUUGUUUUUUAUUUUCUUUGAAAAUCUUUUUUAUGUGUAUUUGAAUUGUUAACCAAGAGCUACAAAAUAACUUAAUAUUUUGGGAAUGCUUUAAACAAGCGCUUAGUAUUCACUAUAAAGUCUGCAUAUUUGAUAGAAUAAGCAUUGGAUUUAAAAAAAAGUGUGGUAGUUAAACUAAUGAUUGACUUGCUGUGGUACUGUUCUAUAUCAUGAAAGAAAUACGUAUACACUGCCCAUUUGUUACCCUUAUGUUUGACAGAAUAUUUGUUGUUAAGAAAAAAAUAGCUAAUUAUUGAAAUAUUUUAAACUUGUAUCUUUCCUGUUAAACAUAAUUGUUUAAAAUAAGUUGACCUGUGUUCGUAAACCAUGUUCCCACUAAGGACACCUUUGUUUACUAAAUAUUUUUCUAUAAUUUCAUAUUUGACUACUAAUGUCCUACCUGUUAAUGGUGAGAUAUGUAGUGCUGUGUUCAAGUCAUUAUGUCUUAAGUUGUCAGAUGUUUUUUAAAAUCAAAUAAGUGAAGAAACUUUUUUUUUUCUAAUAAAUUGUAAAAGUCCUGGAUAAAAGCUAAGAAAAACUGUCAUCCAUGUGACACAUUUAAUCAUGAUUUUGUUAGUGGAUACCUAGGAAUGUAUUUCCUAGCUAGUUUUUGUUGGUGUUUAUUGUAUGCAUAUCUAAAAGUGCUUCUCCGUACACAUCAAUGAAGACAUAUAAAGUAACUAAAAGUCUGAUUUACAUUUUUGGAAGAGUUAUAAAACUGUUAAGAGUGUGAAAGUAUAAAAUGGGUCUAAUAUAAAUGAAGUAUACUCUGUUUUCAUUGAUCUUAACAUAAUAUUUUGUGACACAUUCAUAAACAUUGUCAUUCCAAAUAUUUCGAAUGUAACCUAAGAGAAACACUGUUAAUUUAGUUUAGCAUUGUAGUUGUGCCAAUUUUUUGGUGUAGGUUUUGUUUUUGCACAUUCUUGAUAGUGUGGUAGCAAUAUUUUUAUAAUUUUAACUAAAUUCAAAAUUGAGUUAUACCAAAAGUAGAGAAAAGACUGAAUCUGUCUUUUUCUUUUUAUUUCACAUUGAAGAAAAGUAGAGAUGGUUCAUCGUAUUAUUUCUUAAUUGUUUUUAUUUGUUGGUUUUUGCUGAAUAUUAGGAGUUUUCUCACAAAAAGCAACUGAUUUGCUUUAUUGUUUACCAUCUUUAUCUUGGACAAAAGAAAAUUGUAGAAAGGUAGAUGUGUAUACUUCUAAGGUUUAGAACUUAUCAUACUUGGUAAUACUGGAUGUGGUGGUAUUUGUUUGUUCUUACUCAUGUAUCUGUUGGUAAAUGCCAAAAACCAUGAGAAGCAAUACUUAUGUUCAAAAAUACUUUUUGGAAGCCCUGCUUUUGAUGAAGAAAGCACAAAUUAUCUAUAAUUGACUUUAGCUCUCAUAAGUUGAGUGUUCAGCCUUUACUUGUGCACUGUUUUGUUACAUUUUUUUUUUUUUACAAUUACCAAAUUCUAUGAUCACAAAUACUUUGUUAUAAAGAGACCUGAAGUGCAGCCUGUGUUUUUUACAUUUCAAAUAUUUUCCUGAAACUAGGGGGAAAAAAAAAGACAAGGUAGUGAAAGCAGGUUGAUCGAGUGUUGCUAAAAAUUAUAAACAUACUCUUAUGAAUCUGUGAAAUAGAUUAAAAUAGUAGAGUACUAUUGCAAAAUAACUGAAAACUAAUUACAAAUUUUGCACUCAUUGUCCAGGUAGUGUGACACCCAGAAUCUUUAGAUGUACUUUUGUAUUCGAUUUUUGAGUUGCUUGUAUAACUACUCUGAUUAGCAUUACUGCAUCAAAAUAUAAAACAUGUAGAUGAUUGAUAGUAGGUCACCUUUAGUUAGAAUUCCAAAGAAAAAAUAAACAUUAUUGGUGGUACCAUAUUUUAAGGCAAUGUAAAAUAUUCUAAACAUUUCCGUAUUUAGUGACCAGCUUUCCUUAAAGCCCUGUAGUUUAAGCAUAUUAAUAUUCUGGCAGAUAGUACAAAAUAAAACUAACUUGAAAUUGUAUUUGAACAUGUUUAAGUGAAUAUAAUUAGGCUUACUUAAAUAAUUUGAAGAGUUUUUGAACAUUUGAAAUACACUUUUUAAUACUUUGUUAUUUAAUUGUUUAAUCUUUCUGUUUUCCUUUUGAGGUGUGGAUUGCUAUGCUGAUAUGGUGUCUGUUUUAUAUUUUUCUCCGAGCUCAUUUUUAGGAAUUCAGCCUUUAAUGAUGUUCAGGUUAUGGUUUUGUACUUUUGUUAUUGACAAUCUUAUUGGGUGUUGUGUGACAAGGUUUUCUUAACACUAUAAUAUGUCUUAACACACAGAAGUUUAUUUGUUUUUCUUUUUAGAGAGCAGAUGAUUUUCCUGCUAGAUGAGUAUGAAUGUCAUCAUGACUUGAUAUAAUUGCAUACUGUAGUAACUUGUAUAUGGGGAUACUUAAUCACUAGAUCACCUGCAAAUGAGUUUUUAGACAAAAAACACAGGUUGAUUGCCUUGCAGUGCAUUCAAAUGUUUGUAUACUUGAUUAAGAGUGAAAAGGUACAUAACAUAAUAUUAGUAAAUUAAGGUAAUCCCUUUUGUGCCUGAAAGGCAGAUGGGGCUGAUGCUUAACUGUGGUUUCCAUUGAUAAAAAAUGGUGACACAUUCACAGAACAUCACAAAAAAAGUUAUUAUCUUGUACACAUUUUUCAACUGGAUAGAUACAAACAACUAGGCACAAGCAAAGUUUGAAUUCACAGUUUUGCAAAUAUAAAUCAAAAGAACUAACCAAUAAGCCACACUGUUCUUAUAUUAUCUUAGUGGUGUGCCAUUAACAUAAGAUAUUAUGUAGUGUACACUUUUCAGUAAAAAAAAUAUAAAAAAGUGACUACUACCUCAAACUUGGAUAAGUAGUUAAUAUACAGGGCCACAUAUAACCUUUCUGCAUUCUCUGCAAGAUCUAUAUAUGAGUUAUUCUAUUAUUUUCAUUUCUUUUGAUUAUCUUAGAUAAUUAUUAUUAUUGAUGUUUUGUGCUUUUUCCAUCAUCAGCAAGAUGGCUUUUUUUCUUUUUUCCUAUCAUUUUCAGAACCUUAUUAUUACAAGGGUAUGGAAAAAGAUCAAUCUCUUUUUCUUUCAUUUCUCUGAAAGACUGUCAUUUGGAGAUUUCUUGAUUGUUCAAUCAAACAAAUUUUAGAAUUAUAUAAUUCAAAUUCAAUAAUGAAUUACUGUUUAUUAGCAUCACCUGUUGAGUAUUUUAUAAUUGUAACUUAAAAGGAAUUAAAAGAUGCAUUGACUUAGUGAUUUUCAAAUUGUAGCACUACAGUAUCUGAUUUUAGAAAUAUGAUAUUGGUCAUUAUUUUAAUAAACAUUUAGUACAGUAGUAUCUAAUGUUAAAGAUAUGAUAUAAGUGCAAAAGGUAGGCUACAAAUAAAUAAAUAAGUAUUAAAAAAAAUGGGGUCAGGAUAAGCAAAAGUCUUAGAAUCUCUUGUGAAAAUGGUUUGAUCCAAGUGUAUACAAUUGUCAUAAAGUUUAAUACAUUGGUUUUUUCAGCAUUAACCUAGACAGUAGAAAAGGUUCAAAAGUUACCGAGUUAAAAUGUAGAUUAAGGAAAAAACUUUUUUUCAAUUAUGCACCUGGAAAGAUGUUUAGGAAAAUCUUUUUGUAGUUUACAUAUUAAUUUUUGACAGUUUCUUUGAAUUUUUUAUAUUUGUAUGUUAAAAUAGAUAAUAAUAAUGUUGUACACAACUUCAGUGUUUUUUUUUUUUUUUGAUUUAGAAGUAUUGUUCAAAUAUCCAAUUUUUCAAGGAUCUAAAGUUACAUAUUUUAAUACUUUCAAUUGUUCAACCUG